GUACAAAAGACAGAGAGAGUUUAGAAAUGGAACAGUUGUUUGCUCUGUUUACCAUUUUUUUGGCUUUACCUUUCUCCGGGAGAUGCAGCGACGUUUUCAGCAGAUCUCAUUUCCCCAAGGGAUUCGUAUUUGGAGCUGGUACUUCUGCUUAUCAGUGGGAAGGAGCUGCCGCGGAAGACGGAAGGAAACCUAGCGUGUGGGACACUUUUUGUCACUCUCGUAACACAGGUAACGGAGAUAUAGCAUGUGAUGGGUAUCACAAGUACAAGGAAGAUGUGCAUUUGAUGGUUGACACUGGGUUAGAUGCUUUCAGAUUCUCCAUCUCUUGGUCUAGGCUAAUACCUAGUUAUUAUUAUAGUAAAACAUAAGCCAAGAGAACUGUA